UGCUGCUGCUGCUGCUGCUGUUUAUUGCAGAGGAAGGCAGGAAUGCAGUGAACGACGCGUUCUGCGGAUCUGAGGAAGGUUGCGGCUCGGAGACCCCGAGUCGAGAAGAAUGUACUCUGACUCCAACUCCAUCCCGUUGCGCUCCUUGACCUGCUCUCUUUCUUUGUUCACCUUUGUCCUUGUUGAAGAGAAUAACAGCUAAGUACUGCUGUCUGUUGAAGUAACUAGCUUGUUACUGCUACUGCUACUACUCUCACUUGACAUCGCGUACGGCUUGAAACAGCUGCUUCGUCAAGACUACAUCAGAUAUGGAAAACUCAGACUACACAGAUCUCUCGACGCGUCGCCGGGACCCGCGCGGCCCGGCGCGCGCGCGCACGCGUACACCUUCUCCCCGGAAACCCACAGCUGCAUCAUCAUCAUCAUCAUCAUCUGUGCCUGCGACGACGGCGCUGCAGGCAGUCGAUGCAAACACCGACAGUCCGUCGCCGAGCAAGUCGUCGCCUGUGCGGCCGUCGUUCUCGCGCUCGCGCUCGGCGAGCUCGUCGCCGAGUAAGAGCAAGAGCGCGAAGCAGAUCGGCGAGAUGCAGCAGCAGCAGACGAAGAUUUAUGCGUCGCCGUCGUUGGGUGCGUUGGGGGUUCCUGGAUUACCUGUGUCGGCGCGACGACGGCGCGAGGAAGGGGCGCGGUUGAAGGUGUUUGCGGAUAGCAAGGAGGAGGGGGAGGAAGAUACGAGAAACGACGCGGAGACAGAUGAGGAUGAAAACAAAGAGAAUGAGAUUCCACUACAAGACCGGCCAAAGUACGCGCACCUGCAGUCGGAGACGGCGCAGGCGAAAGGCAGCAGUGCGCAGCGGAGGGUGUUUGCGGAUAUUGCAGAGAACGAUCCGCGACGGCGGCGGGAGGCGCGCGGGGGCUCGACGUCGACGUCGACGUCGCCUACGCGGAGACAGGCGCAGGAUCGCGAGAAGCGCGAGAUGUUGAGACGGCAGCGGGUGGACGACGCUGAGACGGCGGCGUUGAUUGAGGCGUUGGAUAACGUGGCUGCGGUCGCGAGCCGGCUGGGCAGGCGGGAGUCUCAGGGUGUGUGGGAUGAGAAGAGGAGUGAAGAUGGAAAGAGUCAAGGGAAAGGAGGAAGAGGAGAGCGAGAGGAGGUCUACUACGACGACGAGGACGAGGAUGGAAAGCUACAAUUGCCGGGGUACGUGACGCCUCCGCGACCGAGGAUUCGGAGGUUUGCGGCGGAGGACAGCGUGGGGCCGUUGCUGAGGGCGAGGGAGGAGAAGCAGUGGCCGCUGUCAGCGCCGGCGAAGGGGCGGAAGUUGUUUGAAGCGGCCGAGAUUGGGGGACGCGUGCGACGGAAGCUGUCGUUUGAGGUUUACGAUGAGGAGGGAGGGAGUAGAGGAGAGUAGAGUGCGGCGAUCAUUGCUGUUCUCUGUUCUUUGACUCUUAUUAUACAUGUUAUUAUACAUAUGACUAUAUGUUUAUUACAACGGUUAUUACUACAUGUGAUGCAGUGAAGAGCAAAGAAGUAUGAGCAAAGAAGUAUGAGCAAAGAAGUAAAAGAUGAUGAGGAGUCAGGUGGAUAUUGCUAAUAGUCAAGAUGAAAUAUUACCGAUAGAGGCAGGCAGGACGAAGUGGCGUUGGAGCCUUCGACGUUGUUCGAUGGGGUUGAGUAAUGAUACUGGUUUUUUUUGCACUUGCUAUGUAUUAAUCAAGUAAUGCUCUUUAUAAGAAGAUAUGUUCUAUAUAUCUACAACAGAUACACAUCCUAUUCUACACAUACA